AUGGCCAGUGCGCUACUUGAUAAAUUGAUGAAAAACUGCCCCAGCAAAAGCACUGAAAUUGAAAAAUUAUCAAACGAAAGUAUUCGGGCGAGUUUCGAUAAGAAAGCGAAGAUUGCGGAGCGCGAUGCGAAAAUCUCGCUUCAAGAUAUUUUAACUGAUCUUUCGUCGGAUGAAGAAUCUGUUCGUGGGCAUGGUUUGAUCAUGUUGGCAAGGGGAAUUCGAAAACGAUGUGAAAUGUUGUUGGAUCAAAUCAAUUCCGAGCCAAAUAUUAUGCGUAUAGUUAUGAGUGCGUUCAAAUUUUCGCAAUCUUACGGGCUUUUCAAAAUUUUAAUGUGUUGA